UGUCACGGGCAACCACAUACCGCAUGGCUCUAGCUGUGGAGAUGCUCCUGACAGACCCCGGUCUUCAACCAUCUGCAGACCUCUAUAAAAUAUCUUUGUAGUCGCCUGCUCGUUUCUCUUCCCCAGUCAGACCCGCUUGGCCGCUCCCCUACCUUCCAUUAGCCCUAGUGAAGCCACCCGACAGAACACCAGAAAAUGGCAUCCCAGCCCACCAGCCUUCCCCAGCUGCUCUGCUUAGCACUGCCUCUAUUUGGCCUGCUCACCCAGGCAGCCCCUAACAAACUGACCUCUUCUCCCAACAUCCAGCUGGAAGCCCGCGGGGGCUCGCCCGACAAAGACGGGAUCCAAAACUACCCGCCCAGCUGCCAAAACCCCUGCGACGGGGUGACCCCCAACGCGACGGACCCCGUCUCUGGAUCCUACUACUGCUCGUACUGCAUCUGCAACAACCGCCUGUUGGGCCCCGCCAAUUUCGAGCCCGCCAGCAACUUCACCGACUUCUUCAUCGACUGGAAACCUCUGGACAGUCAAUGCCCGCGGGACUGGCUCUGCACCUGGUCCAACUUCACCGCGGGGCCGUACCUCAACACGCAGUAUUACUACCCCCAGAACGAUGGGUUCAAAGGGUGCCCCGAGAAUGUCACGCUGGAGGUGGGCACGCGAGUCGAUCGUUUCGGGUCCCCACGCGGCGGGUACCUGGCCACGCCCGAGACCUCCUUCGCGCAACGCUCGAUCCCGCCUAGCAAUUUGAACAUCUUCAACGAUAGUACGCUGUACAACUACUGGCAGUAUGAGGUGCGGCGACCCUUCUGGGCCUUUUAUGGCGAGGUGCUGCCGUGGUUUGGUCAGCCCGGUGGUGGGGAGCAGUGGUAUGUUCCCGCGGGAUUGGGACCGCUGAUCGACAAUGGAACCCUGGUGCUGGUGGCGGCCAAGACUUAUGAGGACGAUGGGUCGGAUGAGGAGUACAGGGCGGCCGCAUGGAUGCAGGCUGAGGACGCGGUUAUGAUGGGCGAGAACGAGAUGUACCAUUAGACUGAGGUGAUUGGGCGCUUCGUCUAGGAGAUUGAAUGUGACUGAUUGGGAUCUGCGGGGACUGGGACUGGUCUUCGAGGGGGGUGUUUGGACAAGAGGUCUGGCAGGCUAGCGAAAGCGCAAGGAGUAAUUGAAGACUCUACUCUUACC